ACAUGAGAAGUCAAUGUAUAACUAGUGAACAGUCACAUUUAGUCGUUUUAUGCCACAUAAAGGUUAGAAAGCUGAGGGCUCUCUGACUUCUCACUCUACUUUACCUCACACAUCUUGAUUUUUGGAGAAAGAAAGGGAAAAACAUGAGCUCAGGCACCGCCAUGUCGCCAAAGAUCACAGUGGAGCUGCUGAGGCAGCUGCGGCAAGCGAUGAAGAAUAGCAAACAUAUCACAGAGCCCCUCCAGGCCUACAUCAUUCCUUCAGGAGACGCGCAUCAGAGUGAAUACAUUGCCCCAUGUGACUGCAGACGCGAGUUCAUCUGUGGCUUCAAUGGCUCUGCAGGCACUGCUAUUGUGACAGAACAGCAUGCUGCCAUGUGGACAGAUGGGCGGUACUUCCUGCAGGCCAGCCAACAGAUGGACAACAACUGGACUCUGAUGAAAAUGGGUCUGAAGGAGACCCCAUCGCAGGAGGACUGGCUCAUCAGCAUCCUGCCAGAAAACUCCAAAGUGGGGGUUGACCCCUGGAUCAUUGCUGCUGACCAGUGGAAGACCAUGGCUAAAGCUCUAAGCAGUGCUGGCCACUCUCUGGUUGCAGUACAGGAAAACCUCAUUGAUGCUAUCUGGGAGGACCGACCUGCCCGGCCCAGCACAAAACUCAGUGCUCUGGGGCUUAAAUACACAGGUCUAAGCUGGCAGGAUAAGAUUGUGCAGCUGAGGGGGAAGAUGGUGGAGAGGAAGGUCUCCUGGUUCGUGGUGACCGCCCUGGAUGAGAUCGCAUGGCUUUUUAACCUGCGUGGCUCAGAUAUAGAGUACAACCCUGUGUUCUUCGCCUACGCCAUCAUCGGGAUCAAUGGCAUAUGGUUGUUUUUGGAGGAGACGCGCGUGAUGGACCCUGUGCUGCGGGAGCAUCUGGAGCUGGAUGGUCCCAGUAAGCCAGAGCUGAAGGUGCAGUGUUUACCAUACGAAUCUGUGUACAAGGAGCUGCAGGCAAUCUGUGCCUCGCUCGGCCCCAAAGAGAAGGUGUGGAUCAGCGACAAGGCCAGCUGUGCCCUCACCCAGGCGAUUCCCAAGAUUCACAGGUCUCCAAUCCCGUACACACCUUUGUGCCUGGCAAAAGCAGUGAAGAACCCGACCGAAAUACAGGGCAUGAAGAUGGCACAUAUUAAAGAUGCAGUGGCACUCUGUGAGCUGUUCGCCUGGCUGGAGAAAGAGAUUCCAAAAGGCACAGUUACAGAGAUAUCAGCCGCAGAUAAAGCUGAAGAAUUCCGCAGUCAACAGAAAGACUUUGUUGGCCUGAGUUUUCCCACCAUCUCCAGUGUGGGACCAAAUGGGUCAAUCAUUCACUACCGGCCACUUCCUGAGACCAACAGGAACCUGUCUCUUACUGAGGUUUACCUGAUUGAUUCUGGAGCACAGUUCCUGGAUGGAACCACAGAUGUGACGCGUACAGUUCAUUUCGGAACACCCUCAGAUUACGAGAAGGAAUGUUUCACUUACGUCCUGAAGGGUCACAUCGCCGUGAGCGCUGCAGUUUUCCCCAACGGAACCAAAGGUCACUUGCUAGACUCGUUUGCACGCGCUGCUCUCUGGGAUUCUGGGCUGGAUUACCUGCACGGUACGGGCCACGGUGUGGGCUGCUUCCUCAACGUACACGAAGGACCCUGUGGCAUCAGCUACAAAACCUUCGCUGAUGAACCGCUGGAGGCUGGGAUGAUACUCAGUGAUGAGCCUGGAUACUAUGAGGACGGUUCUUUUGGCAUUCGGCUGGAAAACGUUGUUCUGGUUGUUCCCACAAAACCUAAGUAUAACUACAGGAACCGAGGCAGUCUGACUUUUGAGCCGCUUACACUCGUCCCAAUUCAGCUGAAGAUGAUCAACACUGAGAAUUUGACACAGAAAGAGCGUGACUGGCUGAAUGAUUAUCACAGAAAAUGCCGGGAAACGAUUGGGGCAGAGAUGGAGCGGCAAGGCAGAAAGGAAGCCCUGGAUUGGCUGAUCCGAGAAACCCAGCCUAUCGCCUGAAAGCAUUGUCAUAUUUUUUAUUUAACCCAGUGCUAAUCACUAUGGUCACAAGUGAUGUUUUUUGAUCUUUGUCUAAUGAAACUCUUUCUCUCUGUUGGCUCUCUGCUCAGUACGCUUCUCUUUAUGCUUUCUUUCUAAAGCAGCUGUGCAUUUACUUAUUUUAACCUCCAAUAAAACAGAGAGAUAAAUGUAA